GCAGUGGAGAGGCACGCAGAGGGACAUCGACUCUCCUUUGUGAGCAACCUCCUCCACUCCACUCUUCGCUCAGAGAGACUUAUCUUCCCUCUUUCUCUUCAACUUUAAGACAAGACCCUCACACAGACAUCAUGUCAAGCACCAGGUCAUUCAGCUACAGCAUCGGCGGCGGCGGCGGCGGUGGCUCCACCAAGAAGAGCUUCUCAAGUCAGUCAGCCUUCGCUGGAGGUGGCUCCAACAGGGUCAGCAGCGUCAGGCGGUCCGGUGUCGGUUCAGGGUUCGGAGGUGGAUCUGGAGGCAGCUACGGCUUCAGCAGCGGCAGCAGCAGCGGUUACGGUGGAGGCAUGGGUGGAGGCAUGGGUGGAGGUAUGGGUGGAGGUUUCGGCGGAGGAUUCGGCGGAGGAUUCGGUGGAGGUAUGGGAGGAGGCUUUGGUGGAGGUAUGGGAGGAGGCAUGGGAUUCGUCCCGCCGCCCAUCACCGCUGUAACCGUAAAUCAGAGCCUCCUGGCCCCCCUCAACUUGGAAAUUGACCCCAUGAUUCAGCAAGUGCGCACGCAAGAGAAAGAUCAAAUCAAGACUCUCAACAACCGCUUCGCAUCCUUCAUUGACAAAGUGCGCUUCCUGGAACAGCAGAACAAAAUGCUGGAGACCAAAUGGAGUCUUCUCCAGGAACAGACCACUACCCGCUCCAACAUUGACGCCAUGUUCGAGGCCUACAUUAGUAACCUGCGCAGACAGCUCGAUGGCUUGGGUAAUGAGAAGAACAAGCUGGAAGGAGAACUGAGGAACAUGCAGGGCCUGGUUGAGGACUUCAAGAACAAGUAUGAGGAGGAAAUCAACAAACGUGCUGGAGUAGAGAAUGACUUUGUCCUGCUCAAGAAGGAUGUUGAUGCCGCCUACAUGAACAAGGUUGAGCUGGAGGCCAAGGUUGAUGCUCUUCAGGAUGAGAUCAACUUCCUCAGGGCCAUCUAUGAGGCUGAGCUGCGUGAGCUUCAGGGUCAGAUCAAGGACACAUCAGUUGUUGUGGAGAUGGACAACAGCAGAAACUUGGACAUGGAUUCCAUUGUCGCUGAAGUUCGUGCUCAGUAUGAAGACAUCGCCAAUCGCAGCCGUGCCGAGGCAGAGAGCUGGUACAAACAGAAGUUUGAGGAGAUGCAGUCCUCUGCUGGUCAGUAUGGUGAAGAUCUGCGCUCAACCAAGGCUGAGAUUGCUGAGCUCAACCGCAUGAUCGCCCGCCUGCAGAAUGAAAUCGAUAACGUGAAAGGACAGCGUGCCAACCUGGAGGCCCAGAUCGCUGAGGCUGAGGAACGUGGUGAGCAGGCAGUUGCCCAGGGUAAACUUCGUAUUAAGGAGCUCGAGGAUGCCCUCCAGAGAGCCAAGCAGGACAUGGCCCGCCAGGUACGCGAAUACCAGGAGCUCAUGAACGUCAAACUCGCUCUGGACAUUGAGAUUGCCACUUACAGGAAGCUGCUGGAGGGAGAGGAGAGCAGACUGUCCAGCGGUGGAGCUCAGGCCACCAUUCACGUGCAGCAGUCCUCAUCUGGAAGCAAUUACUCUGCUGGUGGUGGCGGCGGCGGCGGCUCUGGAUUCGGAUUUAGUGGCGGAAGUAGUUACGGCAGCGGCGGAGGCGGAUUUGGCGGUGGAAGCUCAUAUGGCGGUGGAAGCUCAUAUGGCGGUGGAAGUGGAUAUGGGGGCGGCACCAUCAGCAAAACCAGCGUCACCAGCGUCAGCAGUAGACGCUUUUAAGGAGAAGAUCCCCAUCCUUUCCUCACCUGCUAGAUCACUCUCAACCUUCUUACAACUCAAACCAACUAUGGUGCUAUAUUCUAGCCAGACAGCUAUCCCCUGUUAGUGAGCAGAUAUGGACAAGAAUUUCUUAAACACAAAAUUUAGGUUGUUCUGUGCGUUGAUGGUAGUUAACGUGCAUCUUUUGUCUUGUGGUUUCACUGCCAUUUUUAAAUCAAACCAACUUCACUAAAAUGAAACCAGGAAGAAUGUAAUGGGAAUUUGUUUGCUCCCAGACACUGAAUUGUUUUGUUUCUGCACUGAUAUGUAUGGGGAAAGAGAGACUUUAUUAGAUGUAUGUAGAGAAACCACUGAAGGCCAAUUGCAAGUCUCAUUAUGACCACAAGCAAUACAAGGGUUUUAAUGAAGCAGGGAUUUGCUAUACAGGUCCUGAAAGUCCUAACUGGAUGUUUUGUGCUGUUACAAGCUCCUUGGAAUAUUUAAAAGAUAUUUUGACUAAUAUGACUUUGGUCAUUAUGUAGUGGCUGUCAGCAAUAUUUUACAUAUUUGCUAAAAAAGUUAUUUGACUCUCAGCCACCCUUAUGAUGAUAAGUACUUGUGGACUUGUUAUUCACAUGAAAGACAAAACUGUUACAGCAAAAAACAGACAAUGGCAUUUCUGUGGCCCAUCUCUCUUCAACCUUGUACUUGCUGAGUUGGAAGCUAUAAGCUCCAUUUAUUGUGUGGUAACCAUAACUGUAAUAUCUUAGACUUUCCCCUGUAUAAAGAUGGCUUCCAGAGCAUUUGAUCCACUUGUAAAAACAAAACAAAACUGAAACCAUGUUUAACCAGAUUUAUUUUGUAUCAAUUGACUCUGUAACAACUUGAAAUCUAAAUACAAUAAAUCUGAGACCAACUA